AAUUUUCAUUUCUAUUCUCACUGUUGAAUCUGAAUUCUUCUACUUCUUCCUUUUCUUCUGCUUUUAUAAUUAUUUUGAGACCGUUUCUCAUCUGACACAUCUAAUCCAAUUCCUACCUUCCUCUUCGGAUUUCCAUUCUCCACCCACCGAAGGAUCUCUUCUUCUUCUUAUUCUGAAUCGUGGUGGAGUAGUAGCAGGUAGCAGCAGCAGGGGGAACCAUCUUUGGACUAGACCCAAGUUCUGAAUUGCUUCUUCACUUAAGAAAGGAAUUUCAUUUCAGCUUCACAAGCUGGUUUCUGAGGUGCCCAACAAAAAAUGGCAAAGCGUGGAUAUAAAAUACAGGAAUUUGUGGCUCAUUCAGCAAGCGUCAAUUGUUUAAAUAUUGGAAAGAAGGCGUGCCGUCUUUUCGUUACAGGGGGGGAUGAUCACAAGGUCAAUCUAUGGACAAUCGGCAAACCAACUUCUUUAAUGAGCCUGUCUGGUCAUACUAGUCCAGUUGAAUCUGUCGCAUUUGACUCAGGAGAAGUGUUGGUUCUUGGCGGAGCAUCAUCAGGUGUGAUCAAGCUUUGGGAUUUGGAAGAAGCAAAGAUGGUUCGCACUGUUGCUGGACACAGAUCCAAUUGUACUGCUGUUGAGUUUCAUCCUUUCGGUGAAUUUUUGGCAUCUGGCUCCAUGGACACUAAUCUAAAGAUUUGGGACAUCAGAAAAAAAGGAUGUAUUCAUACGUAUAAGGGUCAUAGCCAGGGAAUCAGCACUAUCAAAUUCACUCCUGAUGGCCGCUGGGUUGUUUCUGGUGGAUUUGAUAAUGUUGUGAAGGUGUGGGAUCUAACUGCUGGGAAGCUCUUGCAUGACUUCAAGUUCCAUGAAGGACACAUUAGGUCAUUGGAUUUCCAUCCGCUUGAGUUUCUUCUGGCUACAGGUUCUGCUGAUAGAACAGUGAAAUUCUGGGAUUUAGAAACCUUUGAGCUGAUUGGAUCUGCCAGACGUGAGGCAACUGGGGUACGAUCUAUAGUUUUUCAUCCUGAUGGAAGGACCCUAUUUACUGGACAUGAAGAUGGUUUGAAGGUGUAUUCAUGGGAACCUGUUAUAUGUCAUGAUACUGUUGAUAUGGGAUGGACAACACUUGGUGAUCUUUGUAUUCACGAUGGGAAACUUUUGGGGUGCUCAUUCUACCGAAAUUCUGUUGGAGUCUGGGUAGCAGAUAUAUCGCUUAUUGAGCCAUAUGGUGCUGGCUUGGAUCCCAAGAAAAAUGAAGGCACAGAAAAGAAUCUUAGUCUUCAGAAAAGUAAACUGGAGAAAGUAGAAGUUAAUGUAGGACCAACCUCUGGGUUGCGUAGCAUGUCUCCUGAUGAGUCUAAAGAGAUAAAGAAUAUAUAUAUCGACUCUUCUGGCGGGAAACCUGUUACUUUACAGAGAUCAGGGUCUUUAAGUUCAACAAAAGUAGAUCUUCCAGAGGAAUUCAAGGAAAUUUGCAACUUGGGAACAGCGAAGCAGAGUCCUGCAACAGGAGUUCGUGUAAAAUCAAAUGAACAAGCAAUUAGAAAAUCUUUCAUUGCGCCUAACAUUGUACCUCGGGACAUUCCUGACAGUAAGGUCUCAGCAAAAUCUGAAAAAGAGACCAUCACCUUUUCAAAGACAAAACCUGGAAUGUUACUUAGACCAGCUCAUGUACGGAGAGCAUCCACUGGCAGAUUUGAUGUUGAUAGGUUUCCAGAAGAUGUGAAUUCUGGAACUUUUUGUGAUACUGCAACUAAAUUAGACAGCACAAAAGAACCCAAAGUGCAAACGAAUCUAGGAUCUCUGAAUGAAGUCAAAGAAUCUUGUGAAGAUAAACAUCCUAUCAAGAGUGUUACAGACAAGUUUGACAAGACUGUAUCUCCAAGCAGAUUUUCUGACCAAAGAAAAUGUGAUGAAUCCUCACCUUGCAAUGAAGGGAUUAGUCCUGUUAAAUAUGUCAAUGGAGUUGCUGUUGUACGAGGAAGGACACGGUCAUUGGUUGAAAGGUUUGAAAGAAGGGAAAAGAUUCAAAUUGAUGAAGAUCAAACUAAUGUAUUCCUUCCCACAAUAAAUGAAACAAGAGAAAAAGUUCACAAUGAAGAUCAAAUCGAAGCAUCUCCCACACCCACUAUGGUAUUUGAGAGGAGGGAAAGAAUUCCCUUCAAUGAAGAUCGAAACAAUUUGCCCUCUGUUCCCAAGUCAAUAUCUGAAACUGAUAAAUCUCCUAACAUACUGAAAGUUGAGCCUCAAAUUCCUAAAGAGGAUUCAAACUCUGCAAAUGAAGAAGAAAUCAUUGAAGGUCUGAUGCAAACUCAUGAUAUAACAUUAAGUAAUCUUCGCUCCCGCUUGACAAAGUUACAGGUGGUGCAACAUUUUUGGGAACGUAACGAUAUUAAAGGUGCUACCAAUGCUUUGAAAAAGCUUCCUGAUCAAUCUGUUCAAGCAGAUGUUAUCAGUGUCCUUGUGGAAAAGAUGGAGAUUUUCACCAUGGAUUUAUUUUCUUGCUUACUUCCUGUGCUCACAGGCUUGCUGGACGGCAAGAUAGAAAGACAUGUAAAGGUUUCACUGGAUAUGCUGUUAAAGCUUGUAGCAGUUUUUGGUCCAACAAUACGUGCAACUGUUUCAGCACCUCCCUCUGUUGGUGUUGAUCUACAUCAAGAGGAAAGGCGGGAAUGCUGCAACCAGUGCUUUAUGGAACUGCAAAAGAUCCAAAUGAUUCUUCCAAUACUGAUACGGAGGGGUGGUUUAUUGGCCAAGUCUGCCUUAGAGCUAAAUCUUGUUCUUCAACAGUCCUAACUGAAGAUGUUUCACGAACUUUAAGCCAAAUUGUGAAGUAACAUGGGCUCAACAUGCAUUUAGGCAUGAAAGUUUCAUGUUGGGUUAUUGUGAUCAUGGCCUACAAUUUUGUCUUGAUGAUUUGCCCUAUUAGCUGUCAUCAUCGGCUUUUGUUGAUGGAAAGAGCAUAUUAUAGCUAAUGAUAUAUUUGGGAGAAAGCUGAAUGAGUUGUUCUACCUCAUGUUAAGACACUUGAAGGUGGAAGCAGCCACCUGAGGAUCUUGGUCUUCAACAGUUCUGAAGGCUCGUAACUUCAGUUCACUGAUCUUGCUAUUGCUUUUGUAUGUAUUUUGUUUUUCUUCAAUUUGUUCCUUCUGGUUAUUACUGAUAGUAGUGAUACUGACCCAAAGUGGGGUUUGGUGCACCUUGGUCACUGCUUAUAAUAUAGUGCCUAUCAACAUACAUCUCAGUCAGAUGUAUGUAGCAGUAGUAGUCAUGCAUAUUUCUAUGUAUAUCUCAUGUUCUAUGUUUAAUGAAAUGGAUCUUCAUUUUUUUUUUCA